UCUUCUAUCAAUAGAGCACUGCAAUGGAUGCAGCGAAGAAGCGAAAGAUGGAUGACAACGGCCUCGCGUCGCCGGACGCCUCUGAUCCCAACCUCGCUCUCACCCGCGACAAGAGCCGCAGGAUGCUCGAGAGUUUUUAUCGGGGGGAACAUCAUUCGCCGAGCUUCAACACGGUCGGUUGCACAGAGCAACCUGAACCUCUAGUCGCCACGAGUGCUCCCGGUUUCAACGGACACCGUUAUUCAUCCCCCUGGCGCUAUAGCUACGACGUCUUCCUCAGCUUCAGGGGCGAGGACACGCGCCACACUUUCUCCGGCCAUCUCCGCCACGCCCUGCGCCGGACGGGAGUCAACCUCUUCUUCGACGACGACGGCCUCAGGAAGGGGGACAAGAUCUCGCCCGCUCUCGAGCGAGCCAUCAAAGAGUCCAGGAUCUCCAUCGUCGUGCUUUCGGAGAACUAUGCUGAUUCUGCCUGGUGCUUGAACGAGCUUGCAAAGAUCAUCGAGUGUCACCUUCUCGACAAGAAGAAGCAAGUGAUCGAGCCGGUGUUCUACCACGCGUUUGAGAAGCAGGAGUGCAGAUUCAGCGAGAACGUGGAGCUGGUGAUGAAAUGGAGGGAGGCGAUGAAGAGCGUUGCUAACCUUUCCGGGUGGACAUUGAAGAAGAAUGAGUGUGAAUCCACAUUGAUUCAGUCAGUCGUGAAAGAUGUAUUGCGUAAGCUGAAUCGCAAAUCUCUGCAUGUUGCUGACUUUCCAGUUCAUUUGCAACCUCAUGUCGAUAUGAUUAAUUCAAAGUUAGCGUGGAUCCGUGCCGUGGGGCUUCGUGGGAUAGGCGGAGUAGGUAAGACGACUGUUGCUAAAGCUGUCUAUAACUGUAUUGCUGAUCAAUUUGAAGGCAGUUGCUUCCUCGCCAAUGUUCGAGAGAAUUCCCAGCAUGGGGGCCUAGCCGGAUUACAAGAAGCUCUUCUUCAUCAAACAUUGAGGGAUAUCAACUUGAAGAUUGACAAUGUUGAUCAAGGAGUUUGCACCAUAAGGGACCGGCUUAGCCAAAAAAAGGUUCUCGUAAUAGUUGAUGAUGUGGAUCACUUAGAUCAACUGAGAAAACUAGUGGGUGGACCCAACUGGUUCGGUCCAGGAAGUAGAAUCAUUGUAACAACCAGAGAUGAGCAUUUGUUAGUAGCUCAUGAUGUUGAUUGGAUACACACAAUCGAUUGUUUACGUAAUCAGGAUGCUUUUCGGCUCUUCUGUUGGAAUGCUUUUAGGGGAAUCCAUCCCGAAAUCGGUUAUGAGGACCUCUCAUAUAUGUUGAUAAAUUAUGCGAAGGGACUUCCCUUGGCCCUCAUAGUAUUAGGUUCCUUUUUGCGAGGUAGAAGCAUAUCUGAAUGGAAGAGCACACUGGAUAAAUUGAAAAAAAUUCCCCAUGAAGAGAUACACGACGUACUCAAAAUUAGUUUUGAUGGAUUAGAGGAACAGGAGAAGGCCAUUUUCCUCGACAUUGCUUGUUUCUUAAGGGGGAAGAGUACAGACUACAUCAAGGAAUUUUUAGAUGCGUGUGAGUUCAAUUCAGUAAUUGGGAUACAGAUUCUCAAAGAGAGGUCACUUGUAACUAUUGAGCAUGGUGUAAUGCACAUGCAUGAUUUGCUCCAGCAGAUGGGAUGGGAAAUCGUUCGCCAAGAGUCUAUUAGGGAGCCUGGCCAACGCAGUAGGUUGUGGUCAAAAGAUGAUGUGCUUUAUGUUCUGAGUAACAGUUUGGGGACAAAUGCAGUUGAAGGCAUAGUUAUGGAUCUACCUGAACCUGAAGAGGUGCACUUGGGUGACAACGCCUUUGCAAAUAUGACGAGUCUUAGAUUGCUUGUAAUUCGUGGUGCACAGUUUUCUGGUGCUCCUCUCUGUCUUCCUUCUGGGCUAAGGUGGAUUGAGUUGCCUGGAUGUUCUUUUUCAUCACUUGAAUUUAAAUUUGGCCUGAAGAAACUUAGAGAAGUUAAUCUGAGGGGCAGCAGCUUCAAAUGGCUGGGAGCGGGAUUCCAGAAUUUCAAGCAUCUGAGAUCCAUCAAAUUUGCAGAUUGUGGACAAUUAAUUGAAAUCCCUGAUUUUUCAACUAUAAAAAAUCUUGAAACAUUGAUUCUUAGUGGCUGUAGUGCCCUAACUGAAGUUCAUGAGUCAGUUGGAUUUCUUCCUAAGCUUGUCACUUUGGACCUACAUUCUUGCUCUAACCUCGGCAGUUUUCCUUCUGUCAUCAAAUUAAAAUCUCUUGAAACCUUCGUCCUAAGUGGGUGUGCCAAGCUAAAAUCAUUUCCUCAUGUCGGCGAAUACAUGACUUGUCUUUAUGAUCUUCGCCUGGAAAAGUCCGGUGUAGAGGAGCUGCCUUCAUCUCUUGAACAUCUGGUUAAUCUUAAUGCCAUAUUCUUAGAUGGAUGCAAAAACCUUACCUGUCUUCCACCAUGCAUAUAUAAUUUACAUUACCUUCGCCUGCUUUAUCUGAGUAAUUGCUCAAAACUUGGUAAAUUUCCUGAGCUUGUUGAAGAUUUAGACUCAAUAUGUUUGCCUUGCUGCUGCUCUUCAUCAAGGUCUGCAAAUUUUAUGGAGCUUGUUCUCAGAAAUUGCAAUCUAAGAGAUGUAGAUAACCUAUUGGCUCCACAAAGCUUCACUAAAUUGAGAGGCUUAGAUCUUUCUGAGAACCCUUUUGUUAGCCUUCCUGCAAGCAUUGUUAGACUCCUUUACUUGGACUGGCUUUGCUUAGAGCAUUGCGCACUACUUCAAGAAAUUUCACAGUUGCCACCAAACAUCAAGCAUCUGUAUGUAAGGGGAUGCAAGUCUCUGAGAAAGUUUUUGCGGUUGUCAAGAGUAUCUGUAUCUGGCAUGAAGCAGUUACCACUCCUUGAAUUGGUCGACUUCUCUAAUUGCCUUAACAUGACUUAUUUUGCUGAUGGACCGUCAGCUGAGGACUUGAGGACGACCUCAGUUACCAUAAAUUUUCCAGGAAGUGAAAUUCCUGAGUGGUUUAGCUAUCGAAGUUUGGAGGGUACAAUAUGCUUCCAAGUGCCGUGGGAUAGGUUUUUGCAUUGCAAUUCCUUUGCGUUUUGUGUUGUCUUUGGAUUGGAGGAAAGUCUCACCCAAGAAUGCGGGAUGACAGGUGGUACCAUAGACUAUAAUUACUCUAUCACUGUCGAUGGUGAAUGCAUUAUGAAUGACCGAUAUGACAUGCAGUCCAUUGACUCAGAUCAUUUGUGGCUCUUUUAUGGUUCACCAGCUUGUCGUCCGAUAGUUAAGCAUCGGCUGCAUGGUUCAGUCUGCUUGAUGUUUUCAGUUGUAGUUAACAGAGCGCCCUCCAUUGUAGUCUUGAAGAGUUGUGGAGUACAUCUAGCAUAAUACAAGAUUAAAAUCAAGAAGCACGUUUGGCCUUCACUGGACACAUCUCAUGAUAAAAUGGUGAGACGGUGAGCGACAAGUCCUCCUGAUGAUGAUAAUGGAAGUGAUUGGAGCAUAAAGCGAAAGCACAUUCGCUCUCUCUGAUCUGGUUGCGGUUUUCUAAGACCAUCGGUUUGUCUUUUAUAAUUGAAUCGAUGCUGCAGCUACAUCGCAGUCUGCUCCAUUUUGUGCCCCCCUGAUGCAGGUUGAGCUUGAUCCUUCUCGACUAUGUAUUAUUGAGUGAAAUAGAACAGUCAUCUUUCCUAAAUGUCAUUCCUAGUACUGAAUCUUUUUGUUGAUCAACU